AUGGCUGCGAGCGGCGCUGCAUCAUCCCGACAGGCCCUUGAGGGCGACGUCGAGGAGGAGGGCAGCUCCUACGAGACAACAUCGGAGGAGGGCGAGCCUCCUCCGGCGGCCCCUUCGGGUGCCGUCCCGACACCUCGCUUUCGCGAUGCGGCCGUUGGUUCGGACGAGCCGUAUCGGGAACCGAGGGCCCACCAGCCGGCCAUGCUCGACGUGGCCUGCCAGACGGUGAUUUCCUUCUUCGAGACCCGCACGAUCUCGGCGGGAGAUGACACGCCUCUUCCCCUGGAGGUCCUAGGUUCCAUCCGCCGGGCUGCUGCAGGAUCUGGCUCUCCGGGCCCGGAGAUGCCUGCUGCCGGCCCAGGGGCUCAGCGAACUCUGCCAGAUGCAACGGAGGCUCUGAGGGCAGUUGCGACUCCCGUCCACGAGCCGAAAAAGCGGAGGAAGAAAGUCCGCGAGCCGGCGCACACGGAGGUGACGAAAGCUGAGCCAGCCGACGCAGCGGGCAACCACGGAGGAGCUCGGAUGCCGGCAACGCGGGCCUCGGGGGACGACAAGGAAGCCCACACAGCAGGAGCACCCCCGGCUCUGCUGCCCAUGCUGAUCUCGCGGGCCACUGUGGAAGAGCGGGAUGCCCCAGGAGCUGGCCCUGCGGAAGCCCACUUGCGGCCAGCGGAGAGCGCCGAGUUACCAAGCGAAGGGGCUCGGCCGCCAUCCGCUGGCAUGUCGGUAGCAGAAGACGCCGCAGGAGAUCGUGGGACUCGCGCGCCCUCUCCGGCUCACCCUGAGACGGCUGCAGACGAGCGGAGCGCUGCAGGGCCUCGUGGCAGCCCACAGCGAGAAACUUCUGACGAUCAAGAAGCUCCAGAUUCCGACAGCGUCCCCGAGCCACGGGCCGCCGAGCCCUCUGGUGCAUCGCCGGCGAAGGAAGGCAGCGUCCGCAACAGCGAGGCGCGCGAGCGCAGCCGCAGCUGCGAUGCGCGCAGCCCCGCCGCGGAUGUGCGCAGUCCCAGUCCGCGCAGCCAUAGCCGGCCGCGAGGGCGAGAUAGUCACGAGGUCCGGCGAUCACCAGGCGGGCAGCCGCCGGCAAGGCUGUCACCCCCACGGCGCUCUCCUAGAGCUUCUCCUAAGAGAGCCUCGCCACCCAGACGACGGGAGCCGCCCUGCAAAGAGGAGCCACGGCGCUCGGGGCGAGGUACCUCGCGGCGGCAUGCGCGACGAGCCAGGAGCCCCCGGCGGCCACGGCGCCCGGCUAGGAGAAGCGACCGGGGGCGGAGCCGAAGCCGGCGGCCGGCAAAGCCCAAGCGCUCGCCGAAGGGGCUGCGGCUGCGAUCAGCCCACCCGCAUCGGAGUCCGCAUGCGAACCGCGACCGGAAGCGGAGCCGGGAGAGACAAGGAGAUCCACCUAAAAAGGCGCCCAAACUGGACAAUGCGAUUUCGCCGCAGGCACACCGCAGGCGCAGUCGAUCACGACGACCUCGGCCUGCUCAAGGGCCCCGGUCGCGAAGCCAACCGAGGCGACAAAGAUCGCCGCCCCCGCCCUCGAAGAGGAAUGCUUCACCGCCGCGAUCGGCAAAGUCCCCACCGCGGCCGGCGCGGUCGCCGGUGAAGAGCCGGGGCCCCUCUCCCACGAAGCAGCGAUCGGAAGGCGAGCCGAGGACUGGCGCCCAGGCGAGCCCACAGAAGGCGCUGCCUGCCCCUGCGCCGACGGCUCCGGCCCAGCCUACUUCGCAGAUAGCCCUGCAGAAAGAGGCGCAGCCGCCUCCAUCAAAGGGACCCGCUGCAAAGGACGACCUCGGGACAGUUCCCAAGGAGAAGGUCGCGAAGGCUGCAGGGGCCGAAGAAGACGAGUACGAGUAUGAGUCGACUUCGAGCAGCUCCGUAGAUGCCAGGCGGCCCAAGCCAAAGAAGGAGGACCGUCGACAUGGACCUCGGGCCGAGGAUAGCUGGCCAUACCUACCGACAGCAGCCGCCGUCGCACCUUUGGUGGCCGCGGCGAUGACUUCUUCCAUGACUCCAUCGCCGGGGUACGGACCUCCUGGCAACUUCAACCCUCUCGGCUACAACGGUGCCUACGCGAACUGGAACUGGGGGCAACAAAUGUAUCCGUCUAUGUCUGGCACGCCGCACCAUGGCGGCUACAAAAGUGGACAGCGUGAUCAGCCGCGCCAUGGGGUCAUCGUGAAUCGCUACCGAAGGGACAAGCAACCUGCCGACUCCCCGAAGCAAAGCGAGGCCGCUGGAGCGUCGAGGGCCGGCGGCAAUGCUGCAGCCGGAGGCCCGCCGGAGCCCCAAGCCCUCGGCGAGCCAAAGGCAGAGCCGGGAGCACAGGAGGCUGCGAAGCCCGGCCCGAUGGUGGAGGAUCCGAAGGAUGCCCCCGUGGAUCCGAAAGACCCGGUGCCUGGUGCUGCCGUGGAGAGGGCUGACUGA